AUGGCCGCACAGCUCGCUCCCGUGCCGCGGCCGAUCGGCAUGUUCGACCAGUUCAUAGCCACGAAGACAGAGACGCUGGUGCUCAAGGAGCACGUCUUGUCGCUCUCGGGCGACAGCUUCGACAUCACACUGGCCAGCGGGCAGCCAGUGCUGCGUGUGCAGGGCACUGUCUUCUCGCUGAGCGGCCGCAAGAAUGGCUACGACAUGGCCGGCAGCCACCUGUUCACCAUCGCGCGCGAGCUGAUGCAUCUGCACAUGACCUACGUGCUGCUCUACCCCAGCGGCCAAAAAUUCUUUGAGCUACGCAGUCGAUUCCAGCUCCUUGGCUCCAAGGCCACCGCCACGUUUACCUCCCCUGCCACCGGCAAGGCUGAGUCUCUCACCAUGAGCGGCAACUGGUUCGACACGUCUGCCAGUAUUCUCGAUGACAGCAACGGCUGUACCGUCGCCCGCAUCGACCGGAAGCUGUGCAACGGCCGCCAGCUGUUGUUCGGCCAGCAGACGUACGCUGUCUUGGUCGCGCCAGGCGUCGACCUGGCCGUGAUCGCGGCCCUGUGCAUCUGCCUAGAUGAGAAGGACAACGAGCAGAAGUGA